UUGUUUUAAGAUUUUUACAUUGGACGAACGCCUCGAUGUACAAAUAAAAUUUUAAAAUAAAUCGGGUGCAACGGCAAAUCGGAGAUUCUUAAUCCUGGAAAUUCGAAAAAAAACGAAAAAUACAGUGCAUAAACCGUGUGUUUUAUAAGAGUGUGGAAAAGCGGAAAAGUGCAGUCGAGAGUGCUGCAGUUCCAAUUUCCUUUAAAAAAGAGCAUCUCCAAGUGGUUGACAAACCAGUUAAAUCCAAGUCACUUUUAAGGAGUUUUUUAAUAGAACAAAUUAAUCCACCAUGGGUCUCAACGGCUGCUGUUCGUGCGUCAAAUAUCUGAUGGUCCUUAUAAACAUUUUAUUCUGGCUCAUCGGCUUGACCAUAGUGAUCACCUCUGUUUGGGCGCUAACAGAUCCCACAUUCGUGCUGUCGACGACACAAUCCUACAAACAUUAUUAUAUAGGCGUCUAUAUUUUCCUGGCUAUCGGUUUACUGAUCACAUUGGGCGCAUUUUUUGGCUGUUGUGGCGUUUGUCGAGAGUCGCAAUGUCUGCUGGUUUCGUUCUUCUGUGUCAUACUCAUCGUGAUGGUGGCACAAAUUGCAGCCGGAGCCUGGGCCUUCCACAACAAAGACAAGCUGGAUGACAUUGUGCGGGCGUCAUUCAAGUCUUCAGUUCAAGAGGAGUACGGCCAGUCCACCAUGAGUACACGCACCGUCACAUUCGAUGCACUGCAAAAGAAUUUGAAAUGCUGCGGUGCCGAUGGACCUGGAGACUGGGCCACGAGUCGUUUUAAUAAUGUGGAUCGCACAAAUAUAGUAGAUAUCGCCGUGUCUUCCAUGAAUGUGUUUUAUAACAUACCCGAGUCCUGCUGCAAGGAUGAUCUAAAGGAUAACGAAUGUGAGCUGUCGCGACGUCUGAAAUUUGGUGGUCCAUUGAACAAUGCCAUUUAUCAACAGGGUUGCGUGGACAAAUUGAUUGAGAUCAUUUACAACAACUGGGUCACCAUUUUCGCCGUAACCGCUGCUGUCAUUCUGCUGGAGCUGCUGUCCCUGACUUUUGCCCUGAGCCUGUGCUGUGCGGUGAGGAAUCAGCACUACAAGGCCUGAGAGUUACAGAACUCCCAUAGGGAAAUUACGGACGAUGAGAAGUACUAACAAACCAAAUCGAAACGGAUGCAUAGCGAGCGUUAUUACUGAAGACGUGCGAAUGGGAAAAGGCAGCUAGCAAUGAAGGCUAGCGAUAUAAUGUCCACUCCCUGGUCAAUACUUUAACAACACAACUGACAACAGCAACAACACAAUUUUGUAGUACUUUUAACAACAAGACAAGCAAAAACAACGGAAGCAAGCUGAGCAAUUGUAUUUGAGAUAUGACUACUUUUUGGAAUUUGUGUAAAGUUUUUAAAGCACAAUCCACAGGAGUUACGGAAGCGACUUUAUAUGAACUUGAUAUGCCAGCAGAGCAAAAAUAAACAACACUUUUCUAACAAAAUAUUUCUACCACGAAAAACACAGACAGUAAACUCUAUAUAUAUGUGCGAUUAACAUAAGCAGCUCCAUAAUACUUAGCAUAGCGAAGUUUCGAAUUCAUAGAUACAUACUAUAUGUUUAAUAUAUAGAUCAAAAGAUAAGCACGAAAGUAUAAUGUUAAAUGCCAAAACAAAUGAAAUAAUGUUAAAAAGAAAAGCAAUCAAAAUUCUUUUAAAAUUUAUUUCUCCCAUAAGACUUUCACAUCAAUUACGAAUUGGGUUUUUCAGCUGCCAUUUACGUAUGCUAACACAACGCCAAAUGAUAUAUAAUUCAUAUAUACGUAUGAAUCAUAUGAUAACAGCAUUCCACAAGAAUGAGAAUGAUUGACAGAUUUUAGUUCUGGUAAAAUCGCAUUGCCAUCCAAAGACCCUGCCCAAAAUAUAUUUUCAAAUCAUUUUUUAACUUGUGCAAAAUGUUGUGCUUAAAAUCGAAUACCAUUCAAUUCGUAGAGCUCGCGAAAUUAAAUGCCAAAUAUUUUAUGUAUUUACAAAAUUGUAAUUUAAUUUAUUUAUGUCUAUUUAUUUGAGCAAAAGCCGUCAAGGAGCGAAAACAAAAUGUUUAGAAAUAAAACGUAAAUGAUGGUCACUCUGUCGACAAACAGCAUUCUGUAUUUUUAACACAUACUAUAGCCAAGCAUUAAAUUGGCCAGUGUUAUAUUUUAUGGAACUAUAACCGCUGUAUUUGAAAAACUUGCAGUGGGUCAGGUAUUUGUAAUGCACUGAAAAAAACAUCUUUGGCGUUAUAAAAUGUAGAUAUUUUUGAUCCUUAUCGUGUCGGAUUAUUGUGCCCCAGAAUAACCAUACAUAAAAUUGGGUUGAAAAUUUGUCAAUGAUGGAUGAAGACAUACAUGGGUUAAAUAAGAUAUUGAUAAGCUUAUUUAUAAAUGGUUUGAUUUAGUGUUGGCCAAGCUGUUAAUUCAUAACCUGUAUAAUCCCACACACUAGAAUCGAAUUUUGUCGAAUCCAACUUACCUGCAUCGAAAUAUUUUAUAAUUUAGGUCAACUAUUUAUAACUAAAAUGGUCAAAUCAGCACAAAAUGUUAAAUGAAAAGUACACACGAAUGAAAAGUCUCUAUAUUUACAUUGUAUUUUUACCAUACACCAUAAUCUAAUUAAAGGAUAUAUAUUUUUUGUAACCUUUUCAUUUUAAUGUUGUUAUAUGUGAAUUUUGUUGUUAGUUAAGCGUAGCCUGAAAGUCACACUUUGUACCCCUUCACAGCGUUUAAAUAAAUUAAAUCUACAAAAUCCAAUCCAUGGACAAAAUUAUACUAAAUUUACAAAAAAAAAAAAUGAAUAUUAAAAUAUAAUGUAUUUAAAUUUACACAUUAAACUAUAUUAUUUAUUUUAAACUUUCUUAGUAAGUAGUUACGUGCGGAAUUUCAAGAAGUUAAAUCAAAUAAAAAGAAUAACGUUUUAGGCUAAAAUAUAAACCUCAUAAAAUUCACGUUUUUCUGUUCGAUUUGUAGCAAAACAUUGGAAUAUUUUAAAAAUAAAAUCUUAAAAAUAAAGAAAUACUUCGAUAUUUGGGCAGAAUUGAACGUAGCACAAAACUUCAUCAAACAUCUUAAAUCAAAACCAAAAUAAAUAAAGAAUUCUACUCUCCAAACAAAAAUACAAUCAACUUAGCAUCUUCAUAAUGUACGGAAUAAUGCUAAUAAUUGUUUGAAAAAACUGCACAUUUAGCAAGACAUCUAAAAUUGAAAUUGAAAAAGUUAAGCAAUAUAAACGAUGCUCAAGAUCUGUAUUUAACAACAUGAUACCUACACCAUGGUAAAGAUAAUACUGAAUCAUUAUGGGUAAUUGGGAUAAAUUAUAGAAAACCGCGGCAUACAAACUGAUAUUUCAAAUAAAUAAACAUACAAUAAAAUAAA